UUGGUUUUUUUUGGGGGGUUUUUGUUUGUUUUUUUUUGAAUAGCAAAACCUAACCUGUUUUUACAUAAUGUAUAUUUUAUAUGAAUAGUAUACUUAUAGGUGUUUAAGACACCACCACGCUUUAUGAUGAUAAUUUGUAAUCACUUUAGAUGCAUCGAGCUGCAACCCAGCCGUAUCGGAUAUACCCGCAGUGUUCCAUAGAAACCUCGCAUUUCAAUGGGUCACAAUAUAUAACACGCCUUAUAAUCUACGCCAGUCCAACAGAUGUCCACCGUGAAUGUGCCUCGCAGUACGAUAAGAAAACUUGAACAUACUUGAACAAGUAAUUUAAGGGAUAAUGAUUUCAUAGAUCCGCCCCGAACGUGCAAUGUCGUCUAAACAUAUGAUGAGCGUGAUCUAACAUUCACAUAGCCAUGUGGAUCAGGAUGUAAACGUGUAUGAGAUAUAAACAAUGGAAUAAUCAUCCGUAUCGAUAUACGUAAGGCUUUACGACAGGAGAGAGAGGACACAGCUGAUAGGAUUUAAUUGUUUAAGACAGUCAGGACCGGCAGUGAAAGUUUCUAUUUUUCUACAUGGAAAACCAAUUCAGUUUCGCUGCAUUUAUAGGAUUACUAACGUUUAUCAUUGAUGUUACCUCUGGUACGAUAUGUACACAUACGUACAUACAAAGUUACUACACUUCCUAUGGCAGACUGCGAUACCGGAAGCGCUACACUGACAUCUAUUGCUCAGACACCUGCUGUGGGGAUUCCGAUUCACAUUACUGCUGUCAAUUUCAAAAAGAAACUCCAGUCAGUGAAAUACUUGGUAUUGUGAUUGGAACAUUAUCGGGGUGUUUGGUUCUGCUGUUUUUCUGUUUGUGCAUCUGGCUAGCGACCUCUAAACAACGACGCGACAGAAGUCAAAGACAACGAAAUGCGGCAAACAUAUCUCACAUCAGCGGUCAUUUACGGCGUAGUACGCAAGGAGAUGUAAGAUUACCUCCAUCUUACGAAGAGACGGUGUUGGGGUAUGACAACAAUGGCUUCUCCCAGGACUUUUAUUCACUGCCUCCGUCUUACAAUGACGUUUUCUUCAACGAACCGCUUAAAACAGAAAGAGAUACAGAGAAUGUUCUAGAAAAUAGCCCAUCCUCUAGCAACGACCGAGGGAUUGGUCAACCGACAGAUAAUGUUCACGUGAACAAUGGUGAACUCUCACGAACAUAUGAUAGGUCUGAAAGCGUUACAUCAGAUUCCAUUUUGUUGCACUACAACAGAGAAAAUGAUGCGGUCAUGACAUACAGUGUGACGUCAGCAAACGUGGAUAACGUAACGGACAGGGAUAAUGAAGUUAAUGAAUAUUCAGUAGCAUUGGUAACCGAACCACAAAGUUCUGUUUCUAGCGUGGGUUGAUAUAUAGAUUGAUUUUCCCAAAUGGCGUAUGGCUGUGAUUUUGUCUUUUGAAUUAAUGUGUUAAAUGUACUACCAAUGAUUUGGAAUUACCGUAACUGCAUCGUAAAGAUAAAGACAUUUAUAUAAUGUACAGGAAUAAUGAAAUAAUUAUUAAAAUUGAAAUUAUUUAAAAAACGCUGAUGGCUAUGACAUAGGCAUCAUCAAUAAAUC